UGAAACACACCUAAUUUCACAAUAAUAUUUACUUUUUCACUAAAUUUAACUUCCGGAUCGCCGAUUCUUUUCCAACUUGGCUUUCUUCGGAUGCUCUCGGAUUUGCCUUGACCGCAGCUUCCGGCUUGGAUGUUGGUGUUGGACUUUUGCUUCUCGACGAGCUGAUCAAAGUUUUACCCGGAUGCGACGCCAAUCUUGGAUCUCAGACGAAUUGAUGGCCACCGGAGUACGAGAUUACGUAGCUGUUCAAUGUUGGCACGAUAACGUAAAUCCGCUGUACCAUGACAUUUACAGAAGAUCGAUCGAAGAACCGGAAGCAUUCUGGGGAGAAUUAGCAGAACAGCUUAUCGAUUGGGAUAAGUCAAUCGAAAAUGUGAUGGACGAUUCGAAUUCACCAUUCACAAAAUGGUUCGUUGGAGGACAGCUGAACGCUUGUUACAAUGUGCUCGAUCGCCAUAUUUUGAACAAUAAAGGAAACAAAAUUGCAUUGAUACAUGACAGCCCAAUGACAAACACUGUACGUCGAGUGACUUAUAAUGAGCUGUUUGAAAAAGUUUCUCGAUUGGCCGGUGGUUUACAAAAGCUGGGAGUAAAAAAAGGAGACCGCGUUGUGAUAUACAUGCCACUUAUUCCCGAAGCUAUAAUGGCAAUGCUUGCAACCGUGAGAUUAGGAGCUGUUCACUCGGUAGUGUUUGGAGGAUUUGCUGCCAGUGAACUAUGCACACGCAUCGAGCAUGCUGAACCUAAAGUUAUUAUUGCCGCCAAUUGUGGUAUCGAGCCCAACAAAAUAAUUCAUUAUCUUGAUAUUUUACAUAACGCUCUGGAAAUGUCCAAGUGGAAACCUCAUAAGAAUGUUAUAUUUCAAAGAGCCAACAUUUUAAUUUCUGAACUUGACUCCUAUGUGGACGUGGCUUGGGAGAAAGUAUUGGAUGAUCCUGUUGAAUGUAUUCCGGUUGAAGCCAAUGAUCCACUCUACAUUUUAUACACCUCUGGUACAACAGAUAAGCCCAAAGGAAUUCAACGUCCCACUGGAGGACACUUGGUGACAUUGAUGUUUACCAUGAAUCAUAUCUACGGAGUUCAGCCUGACGACGUAUGGUGGAAUGCAAGUGACCUUGGGUGGGUUGUUGGACACUCUUACAUUUGCUACGGUCCUUUACUCUUCGGAGCUACAAGUGUGAUGUACGAAGGCAAACCCGAUCGUACACCAGAUCCAGGACAAUAUUUCCGGAUAAUCGAGCAACAUAAAGUCUCAGCGUUGUUCUCAGUUCCAACGUCAUUCAGGGUUUUAAGACGAACUGACCCUGAAAUAAAAUACGGUCGGAAAUAUAGCUUAAAUUCUCUGCGAACCAUCUUCAUCGCAGGAGAACAUUGCGAUAUCGAAACGAAGAGUUGGAUUGAGAAGACCUUCAAGGUCCCUGUGAUAAACAAUUGGUGGCAAACGGAAACCGGAUCAGCCAUCACUGCAACAUGCGUUGGUCUUGCACAGAGUCUUAAUCCUCCACCAUUUACAACUGGACUUCCGUUUUGUGGCUACGACAUCCGUGUACUGAGGCCUGAUGGAUCCGAGGCGGAACCAAAUGAGCUUGGUCGCAUCGUUGUGAAGCUUCCUCUCCCACCGGGAACAAUGUCUACGUUAUAUCGCAACGAUGAAUUAUUUGAAAAGCUCUACUUUCAAAAAUAUCCGGGAUUCUACGACACUAUGGAUGCAGGUUACAAAGACAAAGCAGGAUACGUGUUCGUUACUGCUCGAGAUGAUGAUGUUAUAAAUGUAGCCGGUCAUAGAAUAUCGACGUCAAGCUUAGAAGAUGCAGUAUUGAGGCAUCCUGAUGUGGCAGAUGCGGCCGUUUUCGGAGUGCCAGAAUCAACAAAAGGGCAGAUUCCACUGUGUUUGUAUGUUGUCAAAAACGGAGUUAGAAAAACCCCUACCAAGUUGUCCGUUGAGCUUAUUUCGUUGAUUCGCGAAGUGAUUGGACCAAUCGCUGCGUUCCGACUGGUGGGAAAGGUCGAAAACUUACCGAGAACUAGAUCAGGCAAAACGAUGCGCAAAUCAAUGGCUGAUUUUGCCGCCAACAAAAGGGUAAUUCUACCCGGCACCAUUGAGGAUCCGACGGUGUUUAAAGAUAUCAAGAGGGCUUUACAAGAGUUGGGAUACGCCAUGAAUGCACCAGAUCCUGUUUCUAGUGAUUAGAAAAGAUUGUUACACCACGGCUAGAGCGGUUUCUCGGAAUAGUGGAAGUUUAGUUAGUUUUAGAUUACAUUUGACACUUUCAUUUCUUGAACAAAAUGUAAUAAAGAGUAGUUUGAAUAUUUUAAUCUGAA